GCGGCGAUGCUGAGCCCCCGGCGCCACACCAUGAGCUGCCUGCACCUCUGGGGAUGCCGGGGCUGAGGGCUCUAGCCCCCGGGGAAGGAGGAUGCUCCAGACCAGCAACUACGGCCUGGUGCUGUUCCUGCAGUUUCUGCUGCUGUUCUACGACCUGUUUGUCAACUCCUUCUCGGAGCUGCUCCGCACAGCCCCCGCCGUCCAGCUCGUCCUCUUCAUCAUCCAGGACAUCGCCAUUCUUUUCAACGUCAUCAUCAUCUUCCUCAUGUUCUUCAAUACCUUCGUCUUCCAGGCCGGGCUGGUCAACCUCCUCUUCCACAAGUUCAAGGGGACCAUCCUGCUGUCCGCAGCCUACCUGGCGCUCAGCAUUUCCUUCCACGUCUGGGUCAUGGUCCAGCCCCCGCCCGCCGGGAUCAGCGGCGUGCCAGGCCGCAGGAGCCAGAGGUGCUGCCCCCAAGCUGACGCACGGGUUCUUCCGUGUCUUUGUCCGUGUCAGAACCUGCGGUGGAGGGACUCCAGCCGCUUCGUCUGGACCGAGGGCCUGCAGACGCUUUUUGUUUUCCAGCGGCUGGCGGCCGUGCUCUACUGCUACUUCUACAAGAGGACGGCGGUGCACCUGGGCGACCCCCUCUUCUACCAGGACUCGCUCUGGCUGCGCAGGGAGUUCGCGCAGUUCCGCGGCUGACGGCACCGCUCCAGCUUGCGGCCCCUCUGCAACUCCUCGCCCCGAGGGACGGAUCCAAGAGGCCGGGGGGGGCUUGGCCGGGCCCCUCAGCUCCAGCCCAGCUGUGCUCCUCGGCCUUCCAGCGCCCAGGCCUCCUGCCGGCGCUGGCACGGCUCACGCGGACGGCGGGGAUCGGCAGGAUGCUCGUGGGGCGUCCUGGUCUGCCCCUGCGUCACAGCCCCUGGUGGGACUGGGGUGUUUUUGUGCGUAGUAAAGAAACAAACUGGC